CAUAGCUCGAUUUCCUAGCCAAACCUCCAAUUCCUCGGUCCUCCCACCCAUCGCACGGUAGGCUCAGCCGGGGCUUGGGUGAUGACCACGCGUAAUGACGACGAGCAGAGCCCGGGGACGGGCGAGGCGACAGGGUCUGCGCGCGCCACGCCUUAAGCCAAGCAUUGGGGUGCCGCCUUGGCGAUAAAGCUUGGCCUGCGUGCUGCCAAAAUCGUCUCUUGGUCGGUCGUGCAGCGCAGAGCCAUUCCGAAUAAUUAGCGUACGGUGCCCAUACCUUGGAAGCUUGGCUGUGCAGUUUCAGAGGCAUUCUCGAUCUACAUCGCCUUCUUCACCAAGCCCUGUUGCCUCGGUACAAGUUCGCUGGGCCGAGCAUAUUCUCCAAGAUGCCCGUCUGGGAGGAGCACGCCUACACCCGCCGCGGCGAGGAUGGCAAGCUCAUCUCGCUCGAAGAAUACUACAAGCUGCACCCGCAGAAAGCCUUUACGGUUGCCGACUUCAAAUUAUACGCGAUCUGUGGUGUGGGCUUUAUGCUCGAUGCGUACGAUCUCUUCAUUGUCAACCUCGCCUCGCCGAUCUGGGCCUACGAGUUCUUCAGCGGAAACACUCCAGUCGACUCCAUUACUGUCGCCUCGGCCCCCGCCAUCCCCUUCCUCUUGCGUGGCGCGGUCAAUGCAGCCGCCAACAUCGGAAAUGUCAUCGGCCAGAUCUCCUUUGGCUUCCUCGGGGAUGCUUUCGGCCGUAAAUUCGUGUAUGGGAAAGAGCUUAUCAUUGCGAUCGUCGGGAUAAUUAUGAUUAUCGCCCUGCCAGUGCACAAUUCGCCAGGCCUUACGGAUGGUGUGUCCAAGAUGUGGUGGCUUUUCGGUUUUCGUCUGUUGCUGGGAAUUGGCAUUGGUGGUGACUAUCCUAUGUCGGCGGCCAUCGUGGCUGAGCGAUCGACCAUCAAGAACCGUGGCCGCAUGUUGGGCUGGAUUUUUAGCAACCAGGGCUGGGGCACCCUCGCCGCCUCGGUCGUGACUUGCAUCUUGCUGGCCAUCUUCCAGAAACCCCUGACCAGCGGCGCCUUCAGUCAGAUCGACACCAUCUGGCGCCUGCAGAUCGGGCUGGCGCUGAUCCCUUGCAUUGCGCUGCUCUACUUCCGCCUCACCAUGCCCGAGUCCAACAAGUUCCUCCAGAGCUGCGAGCUGUCGGCCGUCAACACCUCCUCUGGGAGCUCUCUGGAGGUCGGGCGCAGCAACGGCGAGAAGAAGAUUGACAACGCCACCGAGGCUGGCGUCACGCCGCAGAGCGGGACUGUUCUGGACGCUGGCAACCGCCGCGCCUCCGUCGCCGAGGCCGCCCUUGCCGCCGCCGCCGCCCAGGAGAACAAGAAGGCCCAGAUGUACGCGUUCAUCGAAUAUUUCAAGAAGCCGCGCCACGCCCUGACGCUGUUUGGCUGCGCGGCCUCUUGGUUCCUGGUCGACGUCGCGUUCUACGGCGUCAACCUGAACCAGUCCGUCAUUCUCGCCGAGAUUGGCUACGCCACCGGCAAGACCCCGUACGAGUACCUCCUCCACAACGCCGAGGGCAACUUGAUCAUUGCCGUCGCCGGCUACGUGCCCGGUUACUUCCUCACCAUUGCCUUCAUCGAGAUCCUCGGCCGCAAGUGGAUCCAGAUCCAGGGUUUCUUGAUCACCGCGCUGACUUUCGGUAUUCUGGCCGGCGCCCCCUGGUUGUCUUCCGGCGCACGCUUCGCAUUGCUCGUGAUUACCCAAUUAUUCCUCAAUGGAGGUCCUAAUGCAACUACCUUUAUCAUCCCCGGAGAGGUCUUUCCCUCCCGGGUCCGCGGUGUCGCGCACGGAUUCUGCGCAGCUGUCGGCAAGCUCGGCGCCAUCUUGUCGGGCAUUGGCUUUAAUUACUGGUCCCAGUCCGAUCACGUCAAGUACCCCGGCUCCAUCGGUCUCAGUGGCGUCCUGUGGAUCUUCUUCGCCUGCCAGCUGCUCGGUGCGAUUGUCACUUUCUUCUGCGUGCCCGAGACCAAAGGUCGGGACUCGGACGCUGAGGACUUUGAGGAGUAUGCUGCCCGGGUUGGCGGGCAAUAAAGGGCAUGUGCUGCAAGGUCCGCCCGAGAUUGCGAGACGGAAAGUACUAGCAUGGUGCAUCUACUAAUCAUGGGAAUGGGGAAUGUCGCAGAAGAUGAUGCAGUUGAGUGCCUAAUGGAAAUUCUCGGU